CAGCUCCGGGCACUGCCCGCGGUCGCGCGUGGGGUCGUGCGCGCGGUGUGGGCGGGGGGAGAGGGGAAGCGCGCGCCCCCCGCCGCCGAGCCCGCGCGCCCGCCUAGGGUGGUGGCCGCGAAGGCCAGCAGAGGGUAGGGGGUCGCCCGCGGCCGGCGCCUCGGGACUCUUAUUGUGACAGGGUGGCGCGCUGUGCUUAGUCACCGUGACCCGCGCGCGCGGCGGAGGCGGAGGCAGAGCGCGGCCAUGGCGGGGUGAGUUCGCCGCUCCAGGCCGCGGCCCGGGACCAGGCCCUGCGGGCUCUCCAGGCGUCAGGGCUGCGCCUCCGAGCGGCGGGGAGGCCGCUGGAGCAGGCACCGGGUACUGGGCGGCCGCUGCACAGCUCCCCCACCCCCCCUGCGCCACGCCAGGCCCGAGCUCCGGCAGUGUGGUCACGCGUGACAGUCGCUCCCUAACGGGGGCCCCUUGAGCAUUUCAUCCUCCCACGGUGGUCUAAUAGACAUAACACUCGGGGACGCGACUCCAGGCUGAGCCCCAGAACCUGGGGAGCCAGCUGCAGACUCUCUCUGUCUCCCCACAUCAUCUUUGAAAGCAUAAUUCCUCCCCUGGCCCCAGGCCUUUUCUGUCUUCCUGCUAUGUCUCUGGAGCUCAGAACAGUUCCAAGUACAUAAAUGGCAGAAUCUGUAAAUUUUGGUGAGAUGUUGAAGAAAGGAAUUUGGCAUGUUGGAUGAAGGGGAGGAAAGGAUGGCUGGAACAGAGUGAAGAGGGCCCUAACCGCUAGUGGAGGAUCUGUAUCUUGUCAUCAGGAACCCCAUGCAGGAACCCAAGCCUAGCGGGGCUCCCCGCGGCAGCCAGUUCCUGCCCCUGUGGUCAAAGUGCCCCGAGGGGUCAGGGGACGCAGUGAUGUAUGCCUCCACGGAGUGCAAGGCGGAGGUGACGCCCUCGCAGGAUGGUAACCGAACCUUCAGCUACACACUUGAGGAUCACACCAAGCAGGCUUUUAGCAUCAUGAACGAGCUUCGGCUGAGCCAGCAGCUCUGUGACGUGACCCUGCAGGUCAAAUAUGAGGACAUCCCAGCUGCCCAAUUCAUGGCUCACAAAGUGGUGCUGGCCUCCUCCAGCCCGGUCUUUAAAGCCAUGUUCACCAACGGGCUUCGGGAGCAGGGCAUGGAGGUGGUGUCCAUCGAAGGCAUCCACCCUAAGGUCAUGGAAAGGCUUAUUGAGUUCGCCUACACCGCCUCCAUCUCCGUGGGGGAGAAGUGUGUGCUGCAUGUGAUGAACGGGGCGGUCAUGUACCAGAUUGACAGUGUAGUCCGAGCCUGCAGCGACUUCCUCGUGCAGCAGCUGGACCCCAGCAAUGCCAUCGGCAUCGCCAACUUCGCGGAGCAGAUCGGCUGCACUGAACUGCACCAGCGUGCCCGGGAGUAUAUCUACAUGCACUUCGGGGAGGUGGCCAAGCAGGAGGAGUUCUUCAACCUGUCACACUGCCAGCUGGCCACGCUCAUCAGCCGUGAUGAUUUGAACGUGCGCUGCGAGUCCGAGGUGUUCCACGCGUGCAUCGACUGGGUCAAAUACGACUGCCCGCAGCGGCGCUUCUACGUGCAGGCACUGCUGCGGGCUGUGCGCUGCCAUGCGCUCACGCCGCGCUUCCUGCAGACGCAGCUGCAGAAAUGCGAGAUCCUGCAGGCCGACGCGCGGUGCAAGGACUACCUGGUGCAGAUCUUCCAGGAGCUUACACUGCACAAGCCCACGCAGGCGGUGCCCUGUCGCGCGCCCAAGGUGGGCCGCCUCAUCUACACGGCCGGCGGUUACUUCCGACAGUCGCUCAGCUACCUGGAGGCCUACAACCCGACCAAUGGCUCCUGGCUGCGCCUGGCAGACCUACAGGUGCCGCGCAGCGGGCUGGCAGGCUGCGUGGUGGGAGGGCUGUUGUACGCUGUGGGCGGCCGCAACAACUCUCCGGAAGGCAACACUGAUUCCAGUGCCCUGGACUGCUACAACCCCAUGACCAACCAGUGGUCACCCUGUGCCUCUAUGAGCGUGCCACGCAACCGCAUCGGUGUGGGGGUCAUAGAUGGCCACAUCUACGCUGUCGGGGGUUCCCACGGCUGCAUCCACCACAGCAGCGUGGAGAGAUAUGAGCCAGAGCGGGACGAGUGGCACCUAGUCGCACCAAUGUUGACACGGAGGAUUGGCGUGGGCGUGGCAGUGCUCAAUCGCUUGCUGUAUGCAGUGGGGGGCUUCGAUGGGACUAACCGGCUUAACUCAGCAGAGUGUUACUAUCCAGAGAGGAAUGAGUGGCGGAUGAUUACCCCAAUGAAUACCAUCCGGAGUGGGGCCGGGGUCUGCGUGCUGCACAACUGUAUCUAUGCAGCAGGGGGCUACGAUGGGCAGGACCAGCUGAACAGCGUGGAGCGUUUUGACGUGGAGACAGAGACCUGGACUUUCGUAGCCCCUAUGAAACAUCGCCGCAGUGCGCUGGGGAUUACCGUGCACCAGGGCCGGAUCUACGUCCUUGGAGGCUACGAUGGCCACACUUUUCUGGACAGUGUGGAAUGCUAUGACCCAGACAGUGACACUUGGAGUGAGGUGACACGCAUGACAUCUGGCCGCAGCGGGGUGGGUGUUGCUGUUACCAUGGAACCCUGUCGGAAACAAAUUGAUCAACAAAACUGUACCUGCUGAAGCACUUGGAAUACCUGAGCACUGACAACAGGACAGAAAAACAGUCUGUGUAUCGCUGCUGUCUCUGUACUAAAGAAAAAAGAAGAACAAACCACAAACAGAAAACACAGGGCAGCAGAGGCGGCAGAAGUAGUCGUCCCCUCUUCCAGGAAGGGCUGCUGGGAUGCCUUGUAAAGGACCUUGUGGAAGACCAGAACUCAAAUCCAUGGCCCCAUCUGUCAUAGCCCUGGAGCAUCCAAGUCUGACGUCUGGGAUAGGGUAUGGGUGGGGCACCCUCACAGGUGAGAGGCCCCUGAACUCCCACCGCCAGCACCUAGACCCCCUUUCAUGGGGGGACAGGCAAAGCAGGAGAUCACAUGUUUUUUCUUUGGUGAUCACUUCCAGUGGACAAGGGGAAGAAAGGACAGCUGAGGCCAAGAGGCUGGGGCUCCCCCUGGAGUUGGGGCCCUAGGGGAAAAGCCUGCACAGAGAAACCUCUGGGCUGUAAGCCCUGAACAGUUAUUUUGUUAAAUAACCCUGUAACUUUCCCAUGGGAAUAAAGAAUGGAGUAGGCAGUGUCUUGCACACAGGUCCUCAGAGGGCGGUUGGAAUCCCUCAGGGAGACAGCUCUUCUAUUGAAAUACACACAGAUCCUGAUGGGGCUGGUAUCUGAAACCCGGCUAUUGUCUCUGCUUGCCAUUGUGCAUUCUGCUCAUAUAGGGCAUCCUUCUCCCUCGUGGGACACAUAGUUAUCUGUCAGGUUCAGGGCAUUAGAAGCCAAUGACCUAACUUCUGUGCCACUUCUCCUAGGGCCUCCUGUGUUUAGCUUUAUUUCAAGAAGGGCUCAUAUAGUCCAGGAUAGCCUUCAGUUCAGACCCUGAAUUCCUGAUGCUGCCACCUGCCCCAGCCUCCUGAGUGCUGUAUACCACAAUCCCUGCUUCCUGCUUCUCCUUUUUGUACCCAAGCAGGAAAAUAAAGAUUUCUGGGACGU